UCAGCAGUGUGUUUUGUGCGAGUGUGGAGAGAGGAGGUGCUCAGUCUGCCCUCCGACGUCGCUAACUCGACCCACCCAUAACAUCCAAUCGAAUCUUUGAAAGAAUAUAACCCAGCCCAUAGCAUAGUGACUAGUGUCGUAGUAUACUAAUUACGCACAGUCAAUAUUUUCUUUCAUUUGAAGGUGAUUUUGUACAAUAUUAGUGUAAUACUUCACCGCAUGAGUGACAAGUGUUACUUGCUGGAGUAUUGGUAGACGUCUUAAUUAUACUGUUCGUGACUAAUACCGAGGCUUCUGGUGCCAAGGUUGAAGACUUUCCUGUCUCAAUAUUCAGUUAAGUAAUAAACACACCGGGACUACAUAGUGAGUGAUAUUUCAAAAUCACCUGGUGUUGGCUGCGAAGACAUAACCGUGGAUGUUUGAGUGCGUGUAUAUAAGAACAGGCCUAAAAAGUUAUAUCAGCUGGUGCAGUAUUACUCAGAUGGUGCCAACUCCAUGUGCGGCAGGUGGAGGCCCACACUAUUGAUUGCGGUGGCAGUCUAGUCCAGUUGGUACGCCAGAGCCUGAUAACCAAGUUGUGCCAAAACAACCCACGGGCAAGAACAAACAUGUUGGAUGACCUUGCCGUGUACUUGUUGGCUCCUGCAUAACCUACUCUUUUGGUAACUAGGGACCUUAACUACCAGCUGAGGUAUUAAGUCGCUAGUGGCAUCGUAAAGACGAGUAGUAGUUAGUGUGCAGAUAGGCCGACCAAUUGUCUCACUAUGUCUGUUUCCGAGACUUGCCUGUCGCAGGGCGAGGGAGUCAAGCCCCAGCUGGCGGCACUUGACACCACGCAGGAUGCUACUGACGGGGAGUCCAUCAUGCUGCUGGAGCCUAGACCCUUCAGGCCCUUCAAGACUUCUGAAGAGUACCUGUAUGCUAUGAAGGAGGAUCUGGCUGAGUGGCUCAAUAACCUUUACAGCAUGGAUAUUAACGUAGACAACUUCUUUGAACGUCUUGACACUGGUGAAGUCCUGUGCGCGCACGCGAACAACGUGCGAAGGCUGGCGGAAGAACAGCGUCGGCAGCACCAGGACCAACAUCAUCAGCAACAGCAGGGAGGAGGGCGAAGGUUCUCCUCGAAGUGGGAGAUUCCUCAGUACGAUGUGGUGUACCGUCAGGAUGUCACCCCGGGGUCGUUCUUCGCCAGAGACAACGUCCAUAACUUCAUCUCGUGGUGCCGUGAAUUAGGCAUCUACGAGGUCCUGCUUUUUGAGACUGACGAUCUCGUACUCAGGAAGAACGAGAAGCAUGUCAUUUUGUCUCUCCUGGAGGUGGCUCGUCGUGGUGCUCGGUUCGGGAUGGCUGCUCCUCUGUUGGUGCAGAUGGAAGCGGACAUCGACCGGGAGCUGGAGCAGGAACGACUUGCUGAAGAACGUAUGGCAGAGAGCGGCGGUCAAUUCAACGGUGAGGAUGAGUCGUGGAGCCAUGAUGGGCACGACCUGACUCCUCCAGAGCCGCCUAAGAUGUUCUACGGCCCUCAACCCCAGAUCAUCACCAACGACCUCAAAAGCCUCGACGAAAUGACUAUGGUAAAGAAGAGGCUGGAUGUGAGUACAAUAUCUUAUUACAUCUCGGACCAGAUAGAGAAUAUAUAA